GGAUCUGAAAUGGGAAAUGACGUGCCUCAGCUUCUAGAAAGCACACUCUUGAUUCCAGAGCUGCAGUGGUACAGGGGAGGGAGCAAUGGCUAUUUAAAGAGGGUAAAAUAACACAAUCUUUAGCGCUGAGUAACCGCCUCCAAACAGACACGACAGGAUCAUAACGGUUUAAAGAGGCAGGCUUUGACACGGUAACCACGACGGUGCAUUGUCUUUUUCAAGAGACAGACGGAUCCCCGGGAAGCGGAUAGGAGAAAAUGGGCAAAGAUUAUUACAAAAUAUUGGGAAUCGCGAAAGGAGCAUCAGACGACGACAUCAAAAAAGCAUACAGAAAACAGGCUCUGAAAUGGCAUCCUGACAAAAACAAGACAGCCAACGCGGAGGAGAAAUUCAAGGAGGUCGCGGAGGCUUAUGAAGUUCUUAGUGAUCCAAAGAAACGAGAAAUAUAUGACCAGUACGGCGAAGAGGGCCUUAAAGGAGGUGGAGGGGCAACCGACGGGCCAGGAGGCAACUUCACCUACACCUUCCAUGGAGAUCCUCACGCGACGUUUGCCACGUUUUUCGGGGGAGCCAAUCCUUUCGAGAUGUUUUUUGGCAGGAAAGUCAAUGGACGAGAUGACGAUGACAUGGAGGUGGACGGAAAUGACCCCUUUGGUCCUUUCACGAGUUUUAACAUAAAUGGAUUUCCACGCGAGCGGCACGUUGGUCAGGGCGGCCCGCCGCGCAGAAAACAGGACCCCGCGAUCCACCACGAGCUCCGGGUGUCUCUAGAGGAGGUGUUCCACGGAUGCACCAAGCGCAUGAAAAUCUCACGCAAGCGCUUGAAUCCAGACGGCCGGACCUUGAGGACCGAGGACAAAAUCCUCACUAUUGAGAUCAAGCGUGGGUGGAAAGAGGGAACCAAAAUCACGUUUCCACGCGAGGGUGACGAAACGCCUAGUACUAUUCCUGCCGAUAUUGUGUUUGUCAUUAAAGACAAGCCCCACGCCCACUUUCGCCGAGAGGGGUCUGAUAUCGUGUACCCGGUCCGGGUCAGUUUGCGCCAGUCAUUGUGUGGCUGCUCUGUCACCGUGUCGACGAUAGAUGGUAAAACGUGCAAUAUGAAGAUAACUGAUGUUGUCAAACCUGGCAUGAGGAAGAUCAUUGCUGGACAAGGACUGCCAUUCCCAAAGAACCCGGAACAAAGAGGGGACCUUAUUGUGGAGUUUGAUGUGAACUUCCCUGACAGUCUGCCAUCUAAUGCCAAGGAUGUCCUGAAACGACACUUACCGGUCUCAUAAAGUGAGCUUGGACAGACUUUUGUGACAUUUCUACAUGAACAAUUCAGUCCCCUUCAUAUAUGACAAAUCAGAUUUUGGGAAUGUGCAAUUUCUAUUUUUUAUCUAAAUGUGUGUUAAAUAUAUGUGUGUGUUUGUUAUAUAUCUGAUACAUAUACAUGAAUUAUGUUGCAUGCUUGUGAAUGUCAGUGACAGUGCCAACUCAAAGUGCAAUCGGUGUCCAGUUAGUUACAAAGUUAUUAUUUGAAUUGUGCAGUAUUGAAAAAAAGUGUUUUACAGACUAAAUUAUACAGAUCUAUUUGUUUGCCUUAUACAAGUAGAUCCCAUCUGUACUGACAGAUAAUGUACUGUUAUUCUUUCUAAAUGCUGAUAAAUAUGAUAUAUAAUUUUAGUAAAUGAUGCAGUGAACUGUGAUGGUGCCAUGGAUACUUGCCUUCAUUUGUGAUAUUUAGCAAGACUCUACUAAUGCCUUUUAAGAUCUGAUUCAUCAGAUUCUAUUAAAUGUGAGCAACGGACUCACAUAAUGUAGCUGUCUUUGACAGAGACCAAAAAUUUGGUUUCUUGUGCUGUUGGUUCUUAGCAUACCAUGUUUAUUCAUGGAAAGUUUGGAAAGCGUUUGCAUUAUUAGAAUUACUUUAUCUUACAUUGACUACUCCUAGUGCAUUGUGUUGAUAGUCUCUCCUUAAAUCUUUAUGAUACAAUUGAAUAAAAUUGUAGGAGGUGCAGAACCCUCAA